AUGGAGAAAGCGAUACCUUUCAUCCGAUCAAAUCAAGAGAUUGAAUUCAGGGUCGGUGAUAGGGAUGUAUAUAUUCAUCUGCCCUCAUUUGUUCUAGGUGCAUUGGUUAUAGGACUAGUUGGCCCAAUAUUGAAAACAGUAAUAGGGGGUAUAUGGGUGGGCCUAAUUCUAUUUUCGAAAUUUGCGGUGGUGAUUGGUAUAGCGUUAACUAUCAUAUGGAUAUUGUCUGGUAGCCAGAAGCGUCAAGUGAAGAGGAGUAAACCAACCUAUACAGAAACAAUUAAUAAGAUACGACCUCAAGAAGACAGCGAAGCUGAUAUUGGAAGUUACAAGUACUUUAAUAUACCCGUUGAGAAAGAGCCCUACAUCAAACGAAAACCUUCAAUCUCUACGAUAUCAAUAGAUGAAAAGGAUCUAUAUACCAAUUUUGUACGCAAGGCAAGAAGAUAG